CGUAAGAGUGUCCUUUAAAAAUUAUUGAAUGAGAAAUAUCUUGUCGAUUUGAGGGAUAUUUACGAAAACAUUUAUGAUUUUUGAAAUAAGUCAUGUUUUUCGAUUCGUGAGAUUAUAAUGCAGGUGAAUAUUUUUAAACCUGAACAUUGGUAUUGAGAAGACAAAGAGAGUGAACGGUCUAGUCAUGGGUAAACAAAAUAGCAAACUUAAACCAGAAGUACUGGAGGAUCUCAAACAAAAUACAGAAUUUUCAGAUGCAGAAAUUCAGGAAUGGUAUAAAGGGUUCCUGAAGGAUUGUCCUAGUGGUCAUUUGUCUGUCGACGAAUUCAAGAAAAUUUAUGGAAAUUUCUUUCCUUAUGGAGAUGCGAGCAAAUUUGCUGAGCAUGUGUUUCGCACAUUCGAUGCCAAUGGGGAUGGUACCAUAGAUUUUCGGGAGUUUUUGUGUGCCCUCUCAGUUACGUCACGAGGCAAACUGGAGCAAAAACUCAAGUGGGCAUUUUCUAUGUAUGAUCUCGAUGGAAAUGGGUAUAUUUCGAGACAAGAAAUGUUGGAGAUAGUGACGGCUAUUUACAAAAUGGUUGGUUCAGUGAUGAAGAUGCCAGAAGAUGAAAGCACUCCUGAAAAACGCACAGAUAAAAUAUUUCGCCAGAUGGAUAAAAACAAAGAUGGUAAAUUGAGCCUUGAAGAGUUUAUCGAAGGAGCAAAAAGUGAUCCAUCGAUUGUGAGAUUACUACAGUGUGAUCCUCAAGCUCAGUAGUAGCAACCCAAACCAAGUUCUUACUUACGAGACUGCCUAUAGUUGUGAAAAACAACCUAUAUCGAGGCCGAGCCUUGAUAUCAGAUGGACAAAAUUGUAUAUUUAUCAAUUAGUUUAUUCGAUUUGUUCUAAGUAUUUAACGGUUUAGAGAUUUCCCACUUAUUGGUUAAUCGGUUAAUUUUAAUGAACUCCAACUCAACACUUCCUGAAAAAUGUUUGAACAUAAAGGAAUUGAGAAUUAUUUAUUCGUCGAUAUUGAUUUCUUCUUGUGAUGAACUGGUUGAGAAUAAUGUUGAUAUUUAGAAAAAAACUACUUGGAACAAAUUUGGUGAUAUAUCUGACUCUCAUCGGGAGUUUUUUCGUAUUCGUCAUAUUCAACGUUGAACUUUGUUACUGUUAUACGAUAAGUGAAAAUAUUUUGUCUUGUUUCAUACCAGUUUCCAGUUUGCCGUUAUCUCCAAAAGCUGAAUUUUUUUGACUGAGUACCUAGUCGUGGGAUACAGUAUAAGAAUGGUUUAUCCCCAUGAACUGGGUUCGGAUCACAGACUUGUCACUGAGUUCAGACUCAUAUCAAUUUUACCGAUAAUUAUUCUCAUUAUGAAUUAUGGAUAUUUGAAGUGCAAUGUCGAGUAUCUCAAAGAAACAAUGAGGGAAGCAAGCACUAUUAAUCCCAGUCAACUUAAUCGUAAACUGGCCAAGAUAACUUCUAAAGAUAAAAACAUAGUUUUCGAAUAUCUACGACUUAGAAAACCAUGACGGCCAAAUGGAGAAAAUCUUAAUUGAAAAUAUCACUAGUAUGUCACAAUUUUCAUCCUAAUAUAAAAGUUGUUGCUCUCAUGCAUGUGUAAAUAGUAAUUAUAUCUACAAAAGUUCAUUGUAUAAUUUUGGCUUCCCACAGUUGUGUAAAUUUUAUAUCAGAAUUGAGUUGAUGUAAUGGUAUCUGGAUCGAAUACCUAUUAGCCGCAAGGUAAGGUUUGUUAAUAUUAUUUUAUGAUAUUUUUGUUGUUAUGAAUAUUUUAUGUGGCUUUUAACUGGAGCUAUCUUCGACAAAAUUAGAGAAUCGACUAAUAGAAUAAAAAAAUCUGGAAUAUUUGAAGAAACUUCGAGCUGAGUGAUAAUAAUUCUCAAAAUGAUUAAUGCUCUAAUUAUGCAUUUGGUUUUUUAUUAUUUGAUAUAUUCGAGAUGAUGAGGAUCUUAAUUGAAUGCCAAAUAUUCAGAAAUUCUAUAUAUGAGGAUCUCAUUAGAUACAUGAAACAAUUUUGCAGAAACCAACCUUUACCUUGAAAAAUGUUGUUCAAAAUCGAUUCGGAUGUUAUUUUUCAUUAUAUCAAUGAUAAAAGAUACAAAAAAUAAUCAAAUUAUUCUAAAUUAUAACACAUUCGAAUGAGAAUGUUCCAGUGUUUUAUGAUGAAAUUGAGAAAUUGUCAUUUUUUUUUCAAAUCAGUCGUAGAUUUCAUGAAUCCAUCCAUCGAAACAAUUUUAUAUCCAUUCUGUACUAGUCAGGAUUACCUGUAGAAAUAAUAUAUUUUGUCAAUUGAAUACCGCGUUUUUUAUGGUAUGAACGAUUUUCAAAGUGGUAACCUAUUCAAACUGCAUUGAAUUUUGCACAUAAUUGAUUGAUAUACACCACAAGAAUGAGUCACAAUAAUUAUUGAAAUAGGAAUAUUGGUUCCCCGAACUUUUCGAAUGGAAUUAUUCGGGCAUCCAUGUGAAUACCAAAAAUACUGUGAACUCAUCUGACUUAUUUGAAAAAAAAUUGUGUACCUAUUAAUAAGAAAAUAUCACUAUGAAUUGUAAUCGUAAUAUUAAGAAAGAAGUUCCAACAAAUUUUCAAUCUAAAGUUUAAGUACUUACCUAACGUAUCUUAGUGGAGUUUUAUGGAUGAAAAUGUACUUACCUAUUCUAGUUCUUAUCACGAAUACUCCUUUGAGCUGACGAAUUUUAAUAUAUGAAAUAAGUGUUAGUGUUCAAAAUCUGAAUAUAUGUUUCGAAAUAUCGAUCUAUAGAUUAAGUCUAUUCAAACUUUCAAAUUUGAUUCAACUUUUCACAGUUUUCACUAAGCUUAAGCACAUUUUUGAUCGAAGCCUAACUCAGGAAUAUGAAGCAAUGUAGUUUAAAUGAAUAUUGUUACUGUGUUGUGAUUAUUGGUGUUGAAAAUUUUCUAUAAAAAUCUGGCCGCAUCAAAAAUACUCACCGAUUUUUUUAUGACGCCAAGAAAAAAAAUUUCAGUAAAACUACUUAUAUUUUAUUAACUACUUACUUGGACUUGUUUGAUACCUGAAAAACCUGAAUGUUUCAGAUUAUUGCAGAUCUUGAACACUGAGUUUUUUAAAAUAACACACUUAUUGCUCAACUUCAGUUUCAUACACCUGAGUAAAUGGAGUAAGUGUUCCAUUGAAUAUUUUGAACAUUCUCAGAAUAAUUGCCUAAGUAAAAGUUAGGUCAAACAGAACCUACUAUCAAACGUAAUAUCGCAAAGGAGAAAACUCCUGACAAAUAUUCAGUGGGACUUUGUUUGGAAUGUAUCUAGUACCAAAUUUUUUCAACCAAUUUGUAUUGAAAAUAAGGUGAACGAAUUCUUUAUCCAGGUAUUCAACAAAUUUCAUCAAUUCAUUUGGCCACUAUCAUUGAUUGUUGAAACUUUCACUACGAAGGAUCCAUUAUUCUCAGUUGUUUCUUGAUUUUGGAAUGUUAAUUUAUUAUAUUUUGUAGCCUACGAAUUCAUAUAGCUUCCCUUAUUUUAAACAUUUCGACUAUCAUAUUUUAUCACUAUUAUAUACAUAUUUUCACGAGUGUACUUACAUACAUUCGAGCCUUUCGAUCUUCCCAGUUCUUGUGCAGUUGUGGAUAAUAUUGUUAAUGACAUCUAUUUAUCUAUUUCAUGUAUUACCUACUGAAGUAAAUUAUUGCCGAAUGAAAA